AUGGAUCUCAAUCAGGCUGAGUUCCUAUGUUCUAAAAUUCCAGCAUUCAGAAGAUAUCAGCCUUGGGACAGUUGCACAGACCUUCUUAUUGAUGAGAUAUUCAAUGAGUAUGAUGAGAGGUGGCUGUUGCACAAGAAAGUAUUGCCUGACUUUGAUGUCAAAUGCAACACACCUACCAGGUCACAACUCUUGAAACUCUGUGAGGCAUUUGAUAAAUUCCGUGUUAUGAGAGAUCAAGUGUUUUUUGCUGUGGGAAACAUGCUGGUUGCUGAAAUAAUACACAAAAGCAUAGAAAAACAAACUACCUUCAUGAUGCAACUGCUGGAGAAGCACUCUGAAUGUGCAAAAGACAAUAAAACUUCCUUCACUGGGUCCCAACAAGCCUGUCAACCACUUCUUCAAGAUCUUCCUCAGCAACAUCUAGGCUGGCUCAUGCAAGCAAUCUGUGGGAUCAGUUCACUGGGAUUGGCUCUCUGUGCAAAAGUAUGCAAGGUGUCAACUGGUGUAGAUGGUAUUGCCAUGGCAGACAAAGAAUGCCACUGCAUCACCUUCAGCUUCCAUGAGAGAGAAGCCAGUGUACCCACUGACAAGGGUGAAAAGACCAAGAUGGUGCAGAUAAAGGCUCUGGAGAUGGCUGUUAAUGAGGAAGACCCUGAAAUACUUGCCAAUGAGGGCAAAAAGACCAAGAUGGUGCGGAUGAAGGCUCUGGAGAUGGCUGUUGAUGAGGAAGACCCUUCCAGUUAA